AUGAUGGCAACAUUUAACUUGAGCAAUUACAACCCAGAAGCCUUCAUCCUACUGGGAAUUCCAGGACUGGAACAGUUCCACAUUUGGAUCAGCAUUCCUUUCUUUAUUAUCUACCUCGUGGCUUUUGUAGGCAAUGGUGUCCUUAUCUAUCUCAUCUCCACAGAGCAUAGCCUGCAUGAGCCCAUGUUUAUUUUCCUCUCCAUCCUGGCUGCUACAGAUAUCAUUCUGUCUAAUACAUGUGUACCCAAAGCUAUCAGUAUCUUCUGGCUUGGUCCUCAGAAAAUUACUUUUGCUGGAUGUCUUACACAGAUGUUUUUUCUGCAUUGCAGCUUUUUUGUGGAAUCUGCCAUUCUUCUGGCCAUGGCAUUUGAUCGCUAUGUUGCUAUUUGCUUCCCUCUAAGGUAUACCUCUAUCCUAACAGAACAAAUGAUUACUAAGAUUGUAAUAGGUAUUGUCAGCAGAAGUUUUGUUAUCAUUUUCCCAUGUGUGUUUCUUUUGAAGAGACUGCCUUACUGUCGAACUCUCAUCAUUCCCCAUACUUAUUGUGAGCACAUAGGUGUUGCUCGACUCUCCUGUGCAGACAUCUCCGUCAACAUCUGGUAUGGCUUUGGCGUCCCUCUAAUGACUGUUAUUUCAGACAUGAUUCUUAUUGGUGUUUCCUACGGUCUAAUUCUUCAUGCAGUCUUCAACCUUCCAUCUCAGGAUGCCCGUCAGAAAGCCCUUAAUACUUGUGGUUCCCAUGUUUGUGUUAUUCUUAUAUUUUACACUCCUUGCCUGUUUUCUGUUCUUUCCCACCGUUUUGGCCAUAAUAUUUCUAUGUCCUUCCACAUAAUGGUUGCCAACCUCUACAUAGUCAUCCCUCCUGCACUCAAUCCAAUUAUCUAUGGAGUGAAGACCAAACAGAUUCGGGAAAAAAUCAUUCAACUCUGUCUUAAAGGAACACAAUGA